CUCUCUCUAGAUUUCUAAAAAUGGUGUCCAAAUUCAUGAAGAAAAGCCCAACCAAGUCGAUCGCCACCAAGCGCCACCACCACCGCCGCUCCUCGGCCAAGAAAGCCGCUGCGGCCGCCUCCACCGCCGUAAUCUCCUCGCUGAUCACUUGCCAGCGCCGCCUCAUCAAGCUCUUCAACAAGCUAGCGCGCGUCAGCACGCCCAACCGCCGCAAAGGCUUCAAGAUCCUCAAGAAAACCACCGCCGUAGCGCCCGACCCGAUCCGACCCGAGCCCCUAGCGCAGGUCUGCCGCGCGCUGUUCCUCCCCGGCCCGCUCCCGCCGCAGGAGAAGAAGACGAUUGUGCUUGAUCUCGAUGAAACCAUGGUGCAUUCGCAGGCUGGACCGCCGCCGGAGAAGUACGACUUCGUCGUCCGGCCGAGGAUUGACGGCAUGGUGAUGGACUUCUACGUGCUCAAGCGUCCCGGGGUGGACGAGUUUCUGGAGAAGCUCGCCGAGAAGUAUGAGGUGGUGGUGUUCACGGCGGGGCUGAGAGAGUACGCUUCUUUGGUGCUGGACCGGCUGGACCGGAAGCGCGUGGUGUCCCAUCGCCUGUACCGCGACUCUUGUAAGGAGGUGGACGGGAAGUUUGUGAAGGACUUGUCUGGUUUGGGGAGGGAUUUGAGUCGCGUGGUGAUUGUGGAUGAUAAUCCGAACGCCUACGCGCUUCAGCCGGAGAAUGGGGUGCCGGUCCGACCGUUUUUGGAUGACAUGGCGGACCGGGAGCUGGGGAAGUUGUUGGAGUUUUUUGAACGGGAGCAAUGUGAGGAUAUGAGGGAUGCUGUGAAGCACUAUGUUGCUGCUUUUGGGGAUUGUGGAACCAAAAUUGGUGAUGAAUUGGAUACUUUGCAGACCUGAAUUUCAUUUGUUUCACUUCUGUUUUUUCUGUUGUGUUAAGUUGAACAGGUAUGUUCAAUUUUGAUUUGAACUCUUGAGUUCCUCAGAUUAGUUUGUCACAAAAAGCUUUUAUGGUUAUGGUUGAAGGAAGAUGUUUGAUUUGUGAUU